AGGGAAAUGAGUCGCUCGGAAAGUGACGAGAAAUUGGUGUGCUGAGUAGUCACACACGAUUCGACCGUUUUUCUUUGUGUCAUGUAAAUUUCCUUGCUGUCUACGGUUGACUCUUGGGAAAGAGCUAUUAUUGCCGCUGUGUCUACAAGCUCCAUAAAGAAACGAAGACAUACGGCCAGACCUGACAAACGACAGUGGAGAGGGGGGCAAUCUUCAGUUUGUAGGCUACUGUUAAAAUUGUUACCGAGAAAUUUAAGGGACCGCCAGUUGACUAUUUUAACUCACUGCUUUAAACUGACAUCCUUGCAUCAUGUCAGAUUUUGUUAUUUUGGCGUUGAUCCUCUUGCUGCUUCUAAGUUUGGUGGCCACCAUCGCCUUCCUUGUGGUCUACUCUGGGAUCUUCAGCAGCAUUGUCAUCAAGACGGGCUCCCCACCGAUCAAAAAGGUGACAAUAGCAUACAAACUCCAUAAGGGACCAUACAAGGAAAGCGGAGCUCAUUUUACCGACGUCUGCAGCAUUGGACCAAAGCAGUCAUGUAUCGCAGUCUAUUAUGAUGACCCAAAGGAGGUGCCAGAGGAGAAGUGUCGCUACGCGGUGGGCAGCAUUGUGAGCGAGGGUGAUGAGCAGGUGGAUGAGGAGCUGCUGCAGGACUAUAAGAAGUUUGGCUUCAGCGUGGCCUCCUUCCCCCAGGUGGACCACGCCGUCACCACCACCUUCCCCAACAGGACGCCCGUCUCCUGCAUGAUGGGGGCCAUGAGGGUCUACCCACGCCUGGGAGAGUACAUCACCGAGCGUAAACUAAGUGCCUUCCCCUGGAUGGAGAUCUACAAGGAUGACCUGAUCCACUACAUGUGCCCCCUGGCCCGCCAGAACAGCUUCUUCGUGCCCGAGGUGUGUCUGACCGAGAAGAAGGAGGAGGAGUCAGAUGAGGAUGGCAGGACAGACGUCACAGGUGGCGACUCCAACAGCGAAAGCAGCUACUUCAGCCGUGGCGUCCCGUCCGACAGCCGAGAGACCUCGCUAGCCCCUUCGCUGGCUCCCUCCACCAUCCCCCAGGAGGAGCAGGAGGCCCAGCGGGAGCAGGAGCAGGUGCUGAGCGAGCACGCCGAGCACGCCGAGCGAGGCUCCAGCAACGGCUCACUGGGCAGCGGCUCCUCUUUCGAGGAGCUGGGUCUUGAAGAGGAGGAGGAGCAGGAGGAGGAAGAGGAAGAGGAGAAGCAGAAGCAGAGGGAGGAGGGAGAAGAGGAGAGGGAGGAGGUGAAAAGGGAGGAAGAAGGAGGAGAUGAGCAGAAGGCUGCUGCUGAGGAGGAGCAUGCCAAGAAGGAGGCCACAGCGGAGCAGAGGGAGCAGGUGGGAGGUGAAGAGUAGGAAGGUGCGAGGGGUGGAAGGGAGGGUUUGGGGGUGGCGAUGUAUGUGUCGGAUGGAAAGGGAUAGAGGGGAGUGUUUGCGUGGGCAUGUUCGAGACAAGACUGGCUGAUGGACAGGAGUAGAGGGGGAUUGUGGGUUUCAAGGAUGUAGGUGGGGUUGAUGGAAGGGUUGGUUGAUAUCCAUCAAGGGCACUCUUACAGAUAUCCGUCUAUUGAAAGGAUGGGCAACUAGCUACAAUCUAAGCCAUUUUGCUCACUAAUCUAAUUCCAAUUAGCUAACCAAUUCAACAGUAAUUAGAGUACCGUAGAUAAUUGGUGGAGUCGUCUGUAUUAAUUGUCAGUGCGAGUUUACCUGGGGUAGGCUUAUGUGGUGCUGGAUGUUAGCAUCUGAGUCCAAGUUGCCCAUUACUGACCCAUGUGUGUUAGACGCAAGUAUUGGAUAUGGAUAAUUGUGUGUGUCUGUGUCUGUGUCUGUGUCUGUGUGUGUGUCUGUGUGUGUCUGUGUGUUUGUGUGUCUGUCUGUGUGUCUCUCUGUGUGUGUGUGUCUUUGUGUGUGUGUCUGUGGGGGGAAGCUUCCUUUUUCUGUUGCCGUAUGUGGGUGGGACAACGUUGUGAAGGGCGGUGGGAGUGAGGGUUGGUUUUAUUUUUAUCCAUAUGAAAGGUUGAAAAGGAUGAGUGGGCAUUCCUUUCAUCCUGACGGACUGGCAGUACUGUUUCCUUUGUCAGAAUUCAUCUGUAUAGAUAAGAGAGAAUUAAACUCCCGAAACAUCAGAUGUAGUUGUCAAUAAAUCCACAAGUGCUAUCUGUUAGUGAGUAAGAGUAGACUUGUAUUCAAAAUAAAAAAUACAUGCAGUAGACAUUCAACGUGAAGGAAUUCGAACUCAACAUGAUUAUGGUAUUAGUUAAUUGUUGACCGUGGUAAGUACAGCACAACAUUAUAUCUGAUUUGCUGUAUUCUUAUCCACCCAUACGGAUCAGCAAUUUGUUUUGAAUCCAACUUUUCCAGUCAUAAACUAUGAAGAGAGGAUAUAUAUCAUGCAGAGGCAUAAUUCGGUGCUGUGUCCACAGAAAACACACAGUAAGGUUAAUAUUUGCCUACUCAUUUUCAUUUAUUUCUCUCUCUUUCUCUCUCUUUCUUUCUCUCUUUUUGAAGGACGCUUUGCUCAUAUUUAAAAUUAGUCAGGCUCUUAAUAACAAAAAGGGACAUGAAAAGCUAAAAAAAUUAAGGGCUAUUGUUUAGUUUUCUUUUACUCUUGACUUUAUGUGCGUUGAUUAUGUUAGCACGUUUUAUAUGAAUAGUGCCACAUCAGAAAGAACACACUUUGGUGAACUCGCAUGAAACAGUAUCUAGUAUAAUCCGUCACAAAUUGGCUGAUAUAACGGUUUAUCUUUAUUUUUUCUUCUAUGGUUGUACAGUAUGUUGUCUUUAACUAAUUGAAAAAGCAUAUCCAUACGCUGAUCAUUCCUGAACACCUUCAUCUGACUGGAAGACUUGAAAUCAUUCAUUUCUGAUGUUGCUGUGUACAGACUCGUCUUUGUCGUUCUCAGAAAUAAUAACUAGAAAUGCACUCAGAGAGUGCAGACCUCCGCCAAGGAAGCUGUUUGAUAGAACAUUUGACUAUGAAAUUUCUCUCAAGUCUUUCUGCUUUGUUUUUGUGGAGUUAGAAACUGGAAUGUCAAAAUUCGCCCAAUCCCACAAUGGUGAAGUAUCCUGGAUUCGUAUCGUGAUGCAGAUCCCCACCAAAAUUGACAUUUCCAAUUUCCAAAUAUUUCCAACAACUCCACAAAAUUUAAUCCAAAUCCGUUCAUGACAUUUUGAGUUAUCCUGCUGACAGACAGACAGACAGACAGACAAACCAACGCGACCGAAAACACAACCUUCUUGGCGGAGGUAACAAUGCAGUACAAAGGAGGGAUAAUCAGAAACCAAAGCCUGAAAGAAAUGAUACCAACAGACCCGAUUGUUUUGCCAACUAAUUGAUGGGUUGGUUUUCUUUUGAGUACUAGUCUAGUAACCAGUUACUCAGGUAACAGGAUGUAUUUGAUUGAGUACAUUCACUUUUAGGUUUUGCUUGCGUUCCUGUAUGGAUGGUAGUUUGGCGUUUAUAGGAUGCUUCAGGCAUACGUAUUUCGGCUGUCAACAAUGUGUCGGAUGUAAAUAAGUAUGUUGUUUGUCUGUGUCUUUUCCCUCCUGGCCUUCUGACAUAUUUUAUAAAAUUGUUGGUUCAUCUGUAUACAGAUUACAGCACACAGAUUGCUAAAUGUAAGAAAAUAAAGUGACUAUUUCUCUAUAAUAAACAGUUCUAUCCUCAUAA